CUUGGCCUACGGGGCGGGCUUUUAAUGAAGGGACGGCGGUGGGAAAGAUGGCGGCCACUCUAGGACCCUCUGGGUGGUGGCAGCGGUGGCGGCAGCGUUUGUCGGCUCGGAAUUGGUCCAGGAUGUUGCUCCUUCUUCUUUUGAUGGGGUCUGGGCAGGGACCACGGCAAGUCGGGGCGGGUCAAACGUUCGAGUACUUGAAACGGGAGCACUCGCUGUCGAAGCCCUACCAGGGUGUGGGCACGGGCAGUUCCUCACUGUGGAAUCUGAUGGGCAACGCCAUGGUGAUGACCCAGUAUAUCCGCCUUACCCCAGAUAUGCAAAGUAAACAGGGUGCCCUGUGGAACCGGGUGCCAUGCUUCCUGAGAGACUGGGAGUUGCAGGUGCACUUCAAAAUCCACGGACAAGGGAAGAAGAAUCUGCAUGGGGAUGGCUUGGCAAUCUGGUACACGAAGGAUCGGAUGCAGCCAGGGCCUGUGUUUGGAAACAUGGACAAAUUUGUGGGGCUGGGAGUAUUUGUAGACACGUACCCCAAUGAGGAGAAGCAGCAAGAGGCCCAGAAGAGGCGAUAUUCUCCAGGAGUCCAGCGGGUCUUCCCCUAUAUCUCAGCCAUGGUGAACAAUGGCUCACUCAGCUACGAUCAUGAGCGGGAUGGGCGGCCUACAGAGCUGGGGGGCUGUACGGCCAUUGUCCGCAAUCUGCACUAUGACACCUUCCUUGUGAUUCGCUAUGUCAAGAGACAUUUGACGAUAAUGAUGGACAUCGAUGGCAAGCAUGAGUGGAGGGACUGCAUCGAGGUGCCCGGGGUCCGUCUGCCCCGGGGCUACUACUUUGGCACCUCCUCCAUCACUGGGGAUCUCUCGGAUAAUCACGACGUCAUCUCCCUGAAGUUGUUUGAACUGACGGUGGAGAGAACCCCAGAAGAGGAGAAGCUGCAUCGAGAUGUGUUCCUGCCCUCGGUGGACAACAUGAAGCUGCCUGAGGAGAACACAACACGGAUAACUCCUCAUACCUUCCAGGCAUACAUUUGUUGGUUUUCUUCUUUUCGUCCAAGCCUCCGUCCACCUGAGGAAUUCUCCCUGGAAAUCCGGAUGGAAACUUCUUCCCUGUGUUGCCUUCUCCCUCCACUCAUUGCUCUCUCCACAUGCAGCCUGAGCUAGAAGAGACAUCUGGAUGCCUCUCUUUUGGAGCCUUGGGCUGCAGAACAGACUGUUGUUUCACUGACCCUCAGUAGGUGGCCACAGUGGAGGGCUCUUUGGCUCACUGCUCAAGCUGUUGUUCUUUAGCACGCAUCUUGGUUCUGUUGGUUUGUGACCUUCCCAGUUGGUUCCUUUAGGCCCUCAGUCAGGUUUGGCCAGAAGUUGGGUAUGCAAGUCGAGAGAAGCUUAUACGACUUAAUGGUUGUCGGGAGUAACUAGGAAACUGGCCAGUCCAUGUUUCGAUACCAGAAGCAGCAUUUGCCAUGUGAUCUGGCCAUUGGAGAUGUUUCUGGACUCUGGAGCCUGAUGAACUCCAUGUUUGGUGUUUAUAUGACUCUUGAAAUCCCACUUGGAGUGUUCAAAAUGUAAAGAAGCUUCCUUUUUAUAGCCUCGGCUUGGAUACUCUCCAAAGAGGAAACUUGGCUUCUGUUUCUUAAUGGUGGAGAAACAGUUGCUAUUCUCCUAUUGCAAAUAUAGGAGCAAUGGACCCUUGUCCUCUGUGCCUGGAAGAGUUCAUUGUCAUUGAGCAACAGAGCCUGAGUGUCCUCCUCUGUGGGUCAAACCUUAUUCCACUGCCUUAUCUGACAAGGGGUCAUGUGCUGCUCACCUGUCUGCCCUGUGAUUAAAAUGGCCAAUAGGCCAGUCUCCCUGGAGGGCCUGGAGCUCUGAGAUCUCCUAGCCCUGUACUUCUGUAGCCUAAGGGAAAUUCUUAAAAUGGCUGAUGAAAACCAGACAUGAGCUUCCAAUUCAGUGUCUUUCCUUUUAGGGGUGGUUUGGGUGGGGGUAAGGUCUGGGCUUUCUUACUGAGCUCUAAGCCUGAGAACCCUCACCUUGCCUUCUCAGUUGGGAAAGAAGCCCUCAGCUCAGCCAGAAGGAAAGGAGGUCACGUUGGCUGUGUAUGGGUUUCUGUCAUGUUGGGCUUUCUUCUGUCCCUCCCAUGUGCUUAAGUGAGCAUCACAGGCUGUACUGCUCUCCUAAAGUGCCAGUAAAGUGGGAUCCUCCCAAACCUUCCCCACAAAAGGGGACCUGGAGCUUGGCCUCAGCACCACUUAGAACUGACAAAGCAGAGGGCUGUUCUGUCUUUUUUUGAGGGCAGGGUGAGAUUGGCUAGACCCCUGUGGUGGGACGACCUCGGAGGGCUCUUGAGAUGACGCAGGCAGUGGUGCAGGAAGAAGGGGUCUCAUCAUGGGGGAGGGUAUAUGUGUGCGUGAUGAUUGAGUUGAUGAGUUCUGUGCAAUUCCAGCUCAUGGGCUCCUUGUGGCUUUUGAAAGAGGAUGGGGAAGACAUGAAGUACAGUCCCCACCCAACCCGGGGCCAGCCUUUGAGAAAUGUGUGAUGCAAAGAAACUGCGCGUGGUAGGUCCUGCCAUAGUGCUUGCUUUUUGUUCUUAGAAACAAGUAUUUCCCAUUGUGAAUGGGACCAAAUACUGUUUUGGGCCCUCGAAUCCCAGGCGUGCCCUAGAGGAGGGAGAGGCUUUGUACAUGCACAGUAAGGGUCAGAGCAGAGGCCUUGGCAAGUUGCUUACCCCCACGUGAGCCAUUUCUCUCCACAGUCCCCCAUUCCUUUGGUUUCCCUCUGAUUUCAGAGCCUCUUAGAGAAGAAGAGACCCUGAGGACUAGAGGUGUUAGAUAAAGAUGAUGUUGUUCCCUGUC